AGCAAUAAUGCGUAGUGUAUCUCUGUGCCCUCCAGGGCCUCACGCCUUUCUCCUGGUCAUUGAGGCAGAUUUGUCAUUCAAGCAAAAGCACAUGGAACCACUAGUGCACGCAUGGAGCUUUUGAGUGAGAGAGUCUGGGCACAUACCAUAGUGCUCUUCACAGGGGGCGAUUUACUGACAAACACGAGCAUUGAGCAGCGUAUACAAAGAGGAGGGGAAACCCUCCAGAAGCUUUUAAAGAAAUGUGGGAACAGAUAUCAUGUUUUUGAUAAUGUUAACACAGGCAAUAGCGCUCAAGUCGAGGAAUUAUUCGUGACAAUAGAUGAUUUAGUGAGGCAAAAUUAUGGCAGACAUUUUGAGAUUGAUCUGGAUGUUCUAGAAAGACUUCAAAGAAACUGGGAGGAAAUUCAGAGAAGAGCAACUGCAAGGCAAACCAAGGUAUGGGAUGAAAGGUCCUUGAUUAAAGAUAAAGCUUAUGUACGUCAUCUUGAAGAGCUAAGAAUGGUCCUCUUGGGUUGGGUGAUGUCUGGGAAGAGCUCAGCAGGAAACACCAUACUGAAGCAGGAAGGGUUUAUGACAGGAGAGCGAACAACAAAGUGUAUAAGAAGGUUUGGAGAUGUGGCUGGAAGAAAGAUGGCUGUAUUGGACACGCCUGGUUGGUUGAAGUACUUCUCGUCCAAAUUCAAUGAAAGGGUCCAACCCACAGUCCUUGAGGGUGUCUCACAAUGUAAGAAAUUCCCCCAUGGCGUGCUCCUGGUGCUUCCUGCAGAUUCAUCCUUUAAGGAGGAACAGAAGAAGAUCAUUGAAGAAAACAUGGCCAUCUUUGGUGAACAAAUAUGGAGACACACCAUUGUGCUUUUCACGUGGGGUGAUUUUCUUGGUGACGCACUGAUCGAGCAGCACAUUGAGAGUGAAGGCGAGGCCCUGCAGUGGCUGAUAGACAAAUGUGGAAACAGAUAUCGUGUCUUUGACAAUACAAAAAGGGGUGAUGAUGCUCAGGUCACUGAGCUGUUGGAGAAGAUUGAAGAAAUGGUGGCUGGAAACUGUGUGUUCUGUCCUGAUGUUACAAAGUUAAGUGAAAUGAAGGCUGAGCUACUGCUUGAUACUUCUGAAGAUACCUUGAAGUUAAUAAAGGAGGAAUGGAACAGAAAAGCUAUGAAGUUCAGAGAAAAUGUAGAAAAAUUACUGGCAGAAGACACUUGGGCACUACCCAAGAAAAGUAACAAAAGCAGGACACCUCCUCCUACCUUUAGUGAAAAGGAUGUAUCCACUGAUACUAUUGAAGCGUGUUGGCCUGUAUGUGAGAUGGAUAUUGCAUCAAAGAAAAAAAGGAAACAUCUGGGCUAUACUUCCGAGGUCAGUGAUAACCUCACAGAGCAGCUUCUAUCACUUCUGGAGAGAGAGUGGAGCAGACAAGAGGCAAUGGUGAUGGAGAAAGUGCGUGCAACUCUUCUUAAAGCCAACGAGGUCUCUUCUGAAGUGGAUGAAGAUGAGAUCCAUGCAUCGAUGGCCAAAGUGCUUUGGUGGAUUCCAGCCUGUGAAAUUGGCAAAGACCUAUACAGAAGCAGUGAUGUGUAUGAGGAUGUAGAGGAUGUAUCCUCACAGAACUAGGCCAUUUUCUGACCAAUGGAUUUGUCCUCUGUGUACUGGUAUGCUAGCUAGUAGAUACUGUCUUUGACAGCCAAUGCUCUAUAAGUUAAACAUGACAACACAGUGAAAAACAAUCAAAUAGAAGAGUUAACUUUACUAUUGCUUCCAUCUUGUCUUGAUGUGUCUCAGCUAUCUAGGUCUCCAAUACGUAUAUCUAUGUCUUGUUUCGCCUACCGAGGUAGACAAGGUACCGGGUAUACAAAAUAUCCAGACAGACCCUUGAGUGAAUUCAGCAACUUUAAGGUACAGCUAUUGUUGGCAAUGGCUUUCAGUAGUGCACAUGCACAACUUGUAUAAUCUUCAAAAAAGAAAAGUGCUGCCAAUACAGUGGGACACUGUGGAGCUACCACAAAUGAGCUUAAAGUCAUCCUGCCCAAUGCCAAGCAUCAUCUAGAGGGGUAUAAAGCCCCCUGCAUUGGGCUGUGGAGCAGUGGAACUGCACUCUCUGGACUAAUGGAGGUCCAUGCAAUACCUUUAGGAUGAGCUGGAGUGAUCCAGAACUGAUCAUCCAAUAUCAGUACCUGACCUCACUAAUGUUCUUGUGGCUUCCCAGAAGAGUAGAGGACAAACUCCCUACAAUAUCCUUCAUUUUAAACGCUGGACAAAUAGGUGUUUUUUGGAUACGUAUGUACUGAC